AUGGAAGGCCAGGGCGAAAAUGACGAGCUUUAUCCCAUUGCGGUCUUGAUCGAUGAACUGAAGUUGACGCUUAAAACUGACAACGCCCGAUGUCUGGUGCAGCAUGACGAUGUGAUCCUUCGUCUAAACGCUAUUCAUCGACUGUCGACAAUUGCUCUCGCUUUGGGACCGGAGAGAACGCGAGACGAGCUGGUACCGUUCCUUGACGACUCGGUUGAAGAUGAAGACGAAGUCUUGACGGCUUUGAGCGAAGAGCUGGGUAACUUUGUGGAAUACGUUGGCGGACCAGAAUAUGCACACGUUCUCCUCUCUCCCCUUGAGAAUUUGGCUGCCAUAGAGGAGCCAUUGGUGCGGGAAAAAGCUGUAGAAUCGCUCAACAAAAUCUGUGAACAACUCUCCCCAAGACAGAUCGAAGACAAUUUUAUACCCUUGACAGUCCGUCUCUCAAAGGCAGAUUGGUUCACUUCAAAGAUAUCCGCGGCUGGUCUCUACUGUACCCCAUAUAGAACUGCAUCUCCAGCCUUGCAGCAGGGACUACGACAGCAGUUCGGACAGCUAGUCCACGAUGAUACCCCCAUGGUCAGACGGCAGGCCGCCAACAACCUAGCAAAGUUUGUCAAGGAGAUGGAUUCGCAGGUUAUCAUAAUGGAGAUGGUUCCUUUAUUCCAAAACCUCGCAAACGACGACCAGGACAGCGUUCGCCUCUUAACCGUUGAGAUCCUGAUCUCCAUCGCGGAAGAAAUUCCCAAGGAGCAACAGUCCAGCCACGGCGUCCUUCUCACUGCUCUACGAAACCUGUUCGAAGACAAGAGCUGGAGAGUAAGAUAUAUGGUUGCAGACAAAUUUGAAAAGAUCGCCAAAGCCGUCGAUAAAGAAGUUGUCAACCGCGACUUGGUCCCUGCCUUUGUCAAACUUCUCAAGGAUACCGAAGCAGAGGUCCGCACGGCCAUUGCUGGGCAAAUUCCAGGUUUCUGUCGCCUUCUUGACAGGGAAACUCUAUUAAAUGAGAUUAUGACAAGCAUUGAAGACCUUGUGUCGGAUCCGUCCCAGCAUGUAAGAGCUGCUUUAGGCAUGCAGAUCAGUGGACUAGCUCCCAUCCUAGGAAAAGAAGAGACCAUUUCACACCUACUCCCCAUGUUCUUACAAAUGCUGAAAGAUGAGUUCCCCGAUGUCCGAUUGCACAUCAUCUCGAAACUUGAGCUGGUGAAUACAGUUAUUGGAAUUGAGCUACUGUCUCAGUCUCUACUCCCUGCAAUUGUACAACUUGCAGAAGACAAACAAUGGCGUGUUCGUCUCGCAAUUAUCGAGUACAUUCCACUUCUUGCUAGUCAACUAGGGGUCAAAUUCUUUGAUGAGCAACUCAACAGCCUAUGUUUAGGCUGGCUAGGAGAUGCAGUCUUCUCAAUCCGAGAAGCCGCCACACAGAAUCUGAAGAAAUUAACAGAGGUCUUUGGAGUUGACUGGGCAAAUGGCUCCAUAAUCCCUAAGGUCACUGCUAUGGGACAGCACCCCAACUACCUGUACAGAAUGACAACCUGCUUUGCCAUCACUACACUUGCUCCCGUCAUCAAUCUGAAAAUGAUUGAAACUUCCAUCCUCCCAAUUUUGGAUAGGCUCGUGACGGACGACAUUCCUAACAUCAGGUUCAAUGUUGCAAAAUCAUAUUCCAUCAUAAUAGACACACUCCGAAAACUUCCUGAAGAAGGUACUCUCACUGAGGCCGAUAAGUCCGAACAGCCUGUCACUCCUUCGCCCCGCGGCCAAGCUAUUAUCCAGCAACAAAUCCUUCCAAAUCUCGAAAAGCUACAGCAAGAUGAUGACGUUGAUGUGCGAUAUUUCGCAACUACUGCUGCUGGAAGCUACGGUGAAGUAAUGCAAACAUCUCCUUAA